GCUCUCUCGUCACUCUGGCAGUCUGUACCAUACAUAUCUCUUUGACCACCCCUAUCACUCGGCCUCUGCAUGGCUCUCAAGCUCCCGCAGAUCCCAGGAGAACGCAUUUCGCAGCUUCUUCCAACUGUAAAAUGCUCUAACUGCAACCAGCCUGUAGCACUUGCUGACCUCGGCGACCAUAUCUGUCCUCCGCCACCAUCUUCCACUCCCCGCCCCUCUGCUAUUCUUGAAAAAAUCCGCCAAGCUUCCCAGUCCGUCGCGGCUCCUACUCCUCUCAAAGUGAACACGAAUAUAACGAAACCGAAUGGCAAUGUGAGUCUGGGCAGUAAUAAUGACGCCGAGCGCAAUGCACGCUCUAUGAUAGACAGGGCUUUCCGCCGGUCGAAAACGCCGCAACCAGGCGUCCCUCCACCGUCUAAAUCAGUUUCACCAGCGCCUAGCGUAUCACGUCGUUCACGCAGCUCGUCAAUGUCGCGUCGUCCACACGUGCAGAUUCCACCGUCUGAUCAUAUAUCUCCACCACUUCCAACUUCAGUCAGUGCUGGUGCAAGGCUUGAAGCACCCAUGCGCAUAGGUACCCCACAUGCGCAAUCAAUAUCUCCAGUAGGACGGUCUGAGAUCCCUCGUUCUUUCUCUCCUGGCUCCAUCACUAAUUCACGGAGACCGAGCGUGAGCUCCAUGCGCUCGACAUUUAGUUCGGAAAAUCGGCCACCAUUGCCUACAAACCCCGCUCAGAACAAGAGUCCGAUUAUGUCGCGCCCCCCUGGCCCAAUUUCUCUUCCUUCACGUCCUUCAAUAGACAUACCGCCCUCCCGAGUUUCAAUGGACCGCCCGGCCUCCGCGCGUCCAUCACUAGAUUCACGACCGUCACACGACGGUAUGCGCAACCCGGGUCCAUUCGGUCCAUAUAGUGCUGGUGCUCAACGUCCCCCUCCACUUCCUACUGGCCAGCCAGGAGGCAACGGACUGCAUGAAGGUGAAGUAAAUAUGGCCGGUGUGGGAAGACGAGGCUUUCAAGCCGUUGCACAGGCGGCAAUGCUAGCUGCUUCUCUGAAUAGAGACCAGGCACCCGAUAGAAUGCGGACACCCACUAUCGGAAUGGAUGGCAGAAGGAUCAAUGCACCGAGACAUUUGAAUAUCGAUGCAAAUGUUACUCAACCUUCAACAUCCUCACUUUCUCCAAAUACCCCUCUGUCAUCGCACUCGCCCCGGUCUCCUUCGCCUCAUUCACCCAACGUAGUUCCUCAGCCAGGAAUCGUUUCUUCGCGGACCCCUUCCCCUGUGAAUGGCACUUUAACUGGGCUUACCCGAACCCUGUCACCUAAAACUCCCGAUACGGUCACUCCUCGGACCGUGCGCUCCAGUUCUUCAAUUCGCUCACGUCUCUCUGAGCGCUUUAAGAACAAGGAUUUGGGCGUAGAUACGACAGCCGUCUCCGCUAAUACGCCGAAAAAUGGGGCGCCUGCUUCACCGUCUGACUCCGAUUACAGUAGUUCUGGUCUUGCGUACGAUCGGGAAACGGAGUCUGCACUUUCACCUACUUCCCCGCCUUCCAGAGCUUCGAGUAAAAAAUCGAGACGCGAAGGUGGUCACAUUCUUUUUCCGUCUACCAGCCCUUCGUCGCCUCCACAAUCUCUCAAGGGUCUCCCAACUCGGUCUGCGUCGGCUUCCUCUGCAUAUAGUUACGCAUCCCGCAGUACUACCAAGUCGACUGGUGCAUUGGAACGCGACCGGUACCGUGCACUUGAUACAUUAUCUGAGGAGCGUCCUCCGCUACCUUCCAAUGUUCCACUCUCACCUACCUCGGCAACUCGGUCACCGAAGCUGCCCGCACGUUCCCGCACGACACCGGCGAUGGGCGGAUCAAGAGAGGGGAAGGAAGGCACGGAUGCGAAACGGCGGCCACGUCAAUGCACAAAAUGUAACAAGAGUAUUGAAGAUGGACGCUGGAUACGUGCAGAAGGUGCUGGAGUGCUGUGUGAGAGAUGCUGGAAAAUGAUGUAUUUGCCAAAGUGCCGAAAAUGCAACCGGCCCAUUGAGAAGCAGGCCGUGUCAUCUGCAGACGGGCAGCUCAAGGGCAAGUACCACCGCGACUGCUUCAACUGCCACAAGUGUCAGCAACCAUUUCCGGACAAAGAGUUCUACGUCUUCGACGGAAAACCUUAUUGCCGGUACCAUUAUCACGAGGCGAAUGACUCAUUAUGCUCUGAUCUGGCAUGUGGGCAGCCUAUUGAAGGUCCAUGUGCAGUGGCACACACUGGUGAACGGUACCACCCUGAACACCUUAUUUGCGAAUUCCGUUAUUCGGAGUCCAUAGGCUCAAUUGGGUCUUUGUCUGGCGCCGAAGGCGGAAAACGGCGCUGCACAGAGAGACUGGAGGAGUAUUGGGAAGUCGAUGGGCUAAUGUUAUGCGAGCGUCAUGCAAACUUGAGGAUGGAAAUGGACAUAAUGGCCCCUGACGAGGAUAUGGACGAUAUUGGAAAGGCUGGAUUAUUCAAAGACCUUAUGAGCGGCUUACGGAUGGCGGAUCGUGACCGUGAUAGCGACCCUGAUGUACGGGCAAUGCGACGCAGGACACAGUUCAUUGAAUUGCGCUAAUCCACGCAGCUGAACGACCCCAUUGCCUUUCCCCUUGUCUCGUCUUCUUCACCUUUUCCAUCAAUCCUUGUAGUUCUCUAGCUUUGCCCUGGUACACCUGGAUACAUGACGCAAUUCCAUUCACACUCUCAGCAGAUCGAUCGACCCAAGUCCACAUCUCGCAGUUCGGUAUCUUUGAACCGUAUAAUGGUCCUUAUGUGCUCAUCUUCGCAUUCUUAUCCUGUCGAAUUUCACCUCGCCCUCUCUACUUGGUAGGCUCAUACGGUCGGCGCCUAAUCUCUGGACCCUCGCCCACUCCACACAUACACGAAUCCACCCCAGAAUAUAUUGGAUUAUUCGCUUCUUGGACAAGUCUCGUCGCUUACUUACCCCCCUCUAAUCGGUCGCCUUGUCUCUCAUUCGGUUCACCCCCCUUCAUUUCCACUUUCCUACCGUCACAUCUAUCCCAUAUCUCUCAUAUUUCGUUUACGACAUUCCACCCUUUUCUGCAUAUGCAAUUUCUUUCGGAUUCUUGCGCAUAACUAAACCAGAUACCGUUACCGUGAUAAGCCAAGGCUAAAUAUCUCUCCAUCUACAUAUACCCGAGGGCGCUUCGAUUUGGACUUGAUAUAUUGAUUUAUUGUUAAGAAAUUCCUUGGACAGACUAUAUAUUGAUCGGAUUCUUUCUUUCCUUCUUGGACUUCUCUGGACCACUGGACUACGCGUAGCUUAAUCUCCUCUUGUUUCUCUCUUCCUUGAUUUGAUGUUUUAACCUCCUGUAGGCUGUAUUUUAGCACACUUUCCUUCACGUCGUCUUUCGUACUAUGCUCUUCAUUCUUUACCAUCUCUCUUUUCAGUAUGCUUCGAUGGGCCC